AUGCUGUUUUGGAAUGAAAAGUUUGACUCCUUCGACGCAAAGGAGAAGGAUCUUUCAUGAUCUGUGAUCAAGCUGCCAGAUGAUACGAUAACAAAAUGUUGAGGAUUAGAUUACGGAGAGAGCAGAAGCUCCUCAAUCUCAUUGCGGGUAACCCAACAAGAAGAUGUCUGAGCACCAAGAACCUUAGAAAUUGUAGUGGGGGUACAAAAGUUAUGAGCUUUGGUGAUGGCGGCCAUGGAGCUCUGGGACUACCCACCUCUCUUACUGGCCUUGGAACCGACGCCUACGAGCCCACUUGCGUCCCUGGCCUUCCCUCUGACAUUGUUGGAGUCAGCGCCGGCCACUACCACUCCCUUGCCGUUACUUCUCAAGGUGAGCUCUGGGCCUGGGGCCGCAACCACGAAGCCCAGCUCGGCCGCGGCCUUCUUGCCUCCAGCAGAGAUACAUGGAAUGAACCAAAGAGGGUAGAAGGGUUGAAUCAAGUCCAAGUCCUCUCCGCAUCUGCAUCUGGCGUUGUCUCUGCAGCCAUUGGAGAUGAUGGCUCUUUGUGGGUUUGGGGAAAGUCUAAGCGGGGUCAGCUUGGUCUGGGGAAGGGAAUCACAGAGGCCUUGGUACCUGCCAGAGUUGAAGCACUUGCAAGAGAAAAGAUAGCUAAGGUAUCAUUGGGUUGGGGGCAUACCCUUGCGUUGACUGACAAGGGAAUGUUAUUUGGCUGGGGUUAUUCAGCUGAUGGUAGGUUAGGAAAGAUCACCAGAGCUGUAGAGGCGUCUCUACUGGAUUCGAGUGCAGAUAUGGUUAAACCUAACCAACAACUUCCAAAAUCAAUCUUAGAAGCUGCAGAAAGGCAUGUUUUAGAAGGAAUGGAGAAGGAGAAGGACAUGCCAAUAGUCUGGGAUCCUUGUUUAGUGGAAGAAUUACACGGCACUGAAGUUGUAGACAUUGCCAGUGGGCUUGAUCAUUCCUUGGUUCUUUGCCGUGAUGGCACUUUAUUGAGCUCUGGAAGCAAUAUAUAUGGCCAGUUGGGCAGAGCAAAUCAUGAAAUAGGAUUGUUUCCAGUUGAUAUGAACUUCCAUCUGUUGUCUAUAGCAUCAGGUCUUGGCCACUCUUUGGCAAUUUGUGGAGUUGCAUUAUCCGAAGGAGAUGCCACUAGCAUUGUUUCAUGGGGAUGGAAUCAUAACUCCCAGCUUGGAAGGAUGGGACCAGAGAACAUCCCAUUGGAGGUUGAGGGAUUGGCAGGGGAGUGUGUUGUUUCGGUGUCAGGAGGGCGAGUACAUUCCAUUGCUCUCACAUCCAAACAGGAGGUAUGGGUUUGGGGCUGUGGUAAGAAUGGCAGACUUGGGCUGGGGAGUUCUGCUGAUGAAGCUGAACCGAUCUUGCUCGACAGUUUAGAAGGUUAUGAAGUUUUACAAGCUGUUUCAGGCUUCGAUCAUAAUCUAGUCUUGAUUACUCAAUGAUGCUUGUCGAACGUUAAAGAGUAAUAUGAUUCCUGCAGUUUUGCUUUUUCCAAA